ACGACGGCACACAGGACUACAGAUUAUGGGGUGUACAACUGCCGCCAGUUUGAAUCAUCCAGUCGCAUUGCUGUCGUUUGGCAUGAUAGUUGCUAGUAAUGAGUAUGAACAGGGGCAAGUGAUAACAUCCAGUCUUGUCGAUGGAUCAGCUUGUGUUGGAGAAGAUGUCACUCUGACUUGUUCUGUACUAGGCACAGGAAGACUAACCUGGGUCAUUGGUUCAAACGAUAACACUAUUCUCUUCAACCUGGCAGAUUACUCAUCUCUCACCACUCAGACUGACUCCACUGGCCAGUUCACUGCCUCUCUGACAAACUACUCUCGAGACCAGCAGUAUUCUUUCCUGGGUGACUUAACUUCAACACUCCACACACAAGUUAACCCCUCCCUCACUGACUAUCCCAUUAAAAUUCUGUGCUUCAAUGGGAUAAGCAACAAUAUAUCUGUACCAUCAUACAUAAAGAUAUCAGGAUUGCCUUCACCUGACAUCAUCAGUGGUGUAUGGAAUAUCUCAGUAUUCACUGGUAGUUGGGUGGGAGAGUCCACGGGAUGAUGGAGGAGUGGAGAUUGACAACUACACCCUCUCUCUCUACCAGGAGGACCAGACUGUGGUCCAGACAACCACUGAGUCUCUUGAACUACCUCUCUCACUGGACUACUCCACUGUCUACUACAUCAUCAUCACUGCCAACAACUGUGCUGGCUUCAGCCACCCUGUAUCUCUGACUAGCAUGGAAGGUGAGUUUAUCAGAAUAACACACCUGGUUGGCAAAAAGCGCAUGUGCGACGGUCAAGGAGAAAUGAGUGGUUACUUCGAGUCGUUGGAUUGGCAAGGGAAAAAGCGAUACAAAGAGAAGCU